AUGUAUUUGUUGGCGAUGAUUUGCUAUUCUUGUUUGUCUGGCUCACUCGGUGUAUCUAUCUAUCUAUCUAUCUAUCUAUCUAUCUAUCUAUAUAUAUAUAUAUAUAUAUGCAUAAGCACUUCUGCCAGAAUAUUUGGCUGUCCAGUCUGUUUUUUCAUAGUCAUUUCCAAACAAAUAUCUGUCUCUUCCUACGAACCUUCCUCGUCAGCUCUUGGUUGCAUUCUUCCUUACUCUCCUUGUGAUUACGACUUACUUGGCUUCCUGUUUUCUUCUUUCUCUUUCGACGAAUAUAAUCACUUAUUUCUGCUCAUAUUCAUUGUCCUUCUUUUUCCAUACUUGUUUAUUUAUUUCCUUUCUUCAAUGUCCUUUCUUUUGGUUCUUGUAAUAAUUCUAUUUCUUCAAUGUCCUUUUCCAUUCCUUCUUUAUAUAUUAUCUUCUUUCAAUAGCCUUCUGUCUUUUGCUUUUAUAAUCUUUCUUUUUCUUCGAUGUCCUUUUCUCUUUCCUUCUUUGUCUGUGAAUUCCAUUUUUUUCAAUGACUUUUCUUUCUUUCCUUCGUUGUAUAUUUUUUCCUUUCUUCAAUAUCUUUUUUUUGUUUUGUAUUAUAAUCAUUCUCUUUCUUCAAUGCCCUUUUUCUUUCCUUCUUUGUCUAUUCCUUUGUUUUUUAAUGACAUUCUUUCUUUUCUUACUUGUAUUUUUUCAGUGUUCUUUUUCCUUCGUCGUCUAUUUAUUCAUUAUUUUAAAUGUCCUUCUUUCCCUGUAAUUUUUUCAACUUGGUUCUUUCUUUCUUUUCUCUGUAUAAUUAUUUCCUUUUUUUCAAGACCCCUUCCUUUUUUUCCUUUGUAUAUUUAUUCAAUAUGUCCAGUGUUCUUUUUUUCUAUACUUCUUUGUAUAUUUAUUUCCCCUCAACGUCUUUCAUUGUUUGUUUGUUUGUUUCUUUCUUUCUUUCUUUCUUUUUUUCUUUCUUUCUUUCUUUGUAUAUUAAUCCCUUUUCAAUAUUCUUCUUUCUUUUAA